GGGGUUUCUUCUGCUUGUCGGUGUUUUGUUGAUGCUGCUUUUGCGCCGGAUAGUGGUAGGGUUGCUUUCGGGUGUGCACUAUUUUCUCCGACGAACUGUUUUCUUGCUGCCAUUAAUGGGGAAUUACUAUGUUCUCCAGACCCUCUUAUGGCGGAGGCUAUGGCGUGUCGUGAAGCUCUAUCAUGGAUCAAGACGCUUGAUAUUCAUAACGUGGAGAUCUCGAUGGAUUGUCAACGUGUGGUUUCAGCAAUUUCAGACACUUCAUUCUCUCUUACUUCUUAUUUUGGUUCAUUAAUUGUUGAAUGUAAGGCCUUGUUGGUCGGUUUUUGCUCUAGUUCUAUCAGUUUUAUUCGUAGAGAGUUAAACGUUGUUGCUCAUUCUCUUGCGAGGAGAGCAGAGGCCCGUCGUUCUGUUUGGGUUUCUACUCCCCGGGAUUCUGUAAUCCCUCUUUUACAAUAAUGAAGUUUCUUUACUUUC